AGCUUCCGAACGAAAAAUAUCGACUUUGUAAGAAUGAGUGGUAUGCAAACCACAGCUGCGGGUCCAGUACCCGAACCUUCACAGGAAGCCAUCAUCAUUGCCACCGCACCACCACCUGAGCCCCGUAAACCGGCUCUAACCAGUAAUAACAGAGGAUACUUUACGCGCAUCAAUAAACAGAAUCAUGCCUCCUAUGCAGUUUUCUUCCUACUCAUCUAUGGUGGCAUGGACAUGGCCGCUAGCUUGGGCUGGAGUCAACCAUACAGCGUGCUCCUGUUUACGGAGUACUCAUACUGUUGGUUUGUAGGUGUCAUCAUUGGAGCAGUGGCCGCCACUGCCUCCAUGACUUUUCUGCCUAAGCUGGUCUACUAUGUUUUUGGUGGUCUGAUGCAACUAACUGGCUCCAUUAUAUUCACAGCUGCACCUGCAGACUAUUCGGCCUGCCUGGCCGCCCGCUAUUUGGCCGGCUUGGGGAUCGGCUUCAUUACGGUGCCCUUCCUCAUUCACAACGCGGAGGUGGCAUCCUGCAACCUUCGAGGAGUCAACGGCGGAAUGGAGCAGUCCGGACUAGCCCUGGGAAUUUUCUUUCAGGUGAUUUUUACUACGGAGUGGACUUCAAUAAUUAGCUCAAACCCAAACGAGAUUCACGGCAUCUUAGGGAUCGUAUUCUCCCUGUGUGGUUUGGCAAUGACUGCCCUGGUGAUAGAGUCGCCAAUCUUCUAUCUUCGGCGAAAUAUGCAAAACAGGGCGCUGCAGAGCCAGAAGAAACUUUUGAGCCAUAAUCCCGGUGCCGUUAGUGCAACUCUGGAAGAGGCCAGAAAGUACGUGGCGGAGAGCGACAAUCGCACGCUGGGCGAGGAGCUGGUGGCCUCGGUGAUGCCCUUCCUGAAAAUGCUGCUCUUCCGCUGCUUCGAUGCAUUCUCCUUCUCUCUGCCGCUGACCAUGUCGAUCAUCUCGAGCACCGCAGUAGCAGAGAAAGACAGCAGUCUUUGGCCAAUCUACUUAUUUGGUGUUCUCCGUGGGAUCGGAGUCAUGGUGGCUUUCUUAUUCCUGGACACUUUGGGCCGCAAGGUGGUAUCCUUGGUGGGCCUCCUCGUUAUGGCCGGACUAAUGCUCGGAUUGGCGGGUCUAUAUGCCAACGUGAUCAACUUAAUAAGCUUUAACUUGAUGACCUCAGCCUGCAAUAUCGGAAUGGCCUUCCAGGCAUUCGCAGGACUCUUCGUGUGCAGCUCAUCAGCAUAUAUGGGCGAAGCCUUUCCAAUGCGGGUCAAAUCGUUCAUGGUCGGCGUGAUUGUCAUCAUAGAGCAGAUCGUCCAUAUCGUCGUAAUUGCCUGCGUAAGCUCAGCGCCCAGCAAAGAUUUCAUGUUCCAGUAUUUCUUGGCCGUAGGCAUUAUCAUGCUGGUGGGCAUGAUCUACUUAACCGUAUCCAUGCCUGAGACGAAGAAGAUGACGCUGAGGAAGGCUGGCCACCGUUUUCAGAAGUGGUACGACUUACAGAUGUACUAGGUCUAAGACUCCAGACUCAUUAUAAUUGUUACAAAAUACAUAUUCUCUCUUACUAAUUU